AUGGACUUUUCGCUUGGUCCAAGAUCAACCUGGGAUGAUCAGGGAUUAUGGUUUGCUCUAAUUUUGAACUCUACUCUAUUCGUCAUUCUCGUAAGCGUCAGUUUAUUUUUCCACCUCUCUCCGUAUUUAGUCCUUCGUCGACGUUAUCGGGCUAAUCAUACUGUAGUCUUGCAGUUAACUUCCCUCACCGCUUCCCAUUCCGAUAAUACCGAAUCUCCAGACAAAUCGGCAACAGGAACUUGGUCAUCUGUUUUUUCUGCCUCCCGUGCAUCUCGUAUAUCUCGUGUAGGGCGAGCACUGCGUUAUCCAUGCACACUUACGUCUCCUCCAAGUUGGCGAUGUUGGUUAAGUAUUGAAGAGAAAGCAGAACACAUAGAGAAUGUCUUUCCAAGCGCCGUAGGGCGUUUUCCCUAUGCGAAUGAUGAGUCUAGUAGUAGUACUACUGGAGAUGGAUCACUACUUGAAGAUAUUUACAAUGGUGAUGAUUCUCAUGUAGAGGUGCGAGCCUCUUAUUCCCCAGAAAUACCUGAAGAAAGAAAAACGCACGAAGAAGGUAAAGAAACUACAGGUGGAGAAGGUGUUGUUGAUCCUGCUCUUGCACGAGAAGAAGAAGAAAAGAAGAAAAAGAAAGAACAUGAAAUCCCUCAUAACCUUCAAUUCUCUACAGAAGAAGUAAAUAUUAAGAAAUUAACAAAAAUUCCACUUGAUCCAGAGAUUGCCCUUUAUCUUUUUUUUCUUAAACUUUUUAUUACUAUAUUCUUCGUUGGUGCAAUAUUUAAUAUAUGGAUAUGUGUAUUAUCUGGGACGGAUGGUUAUAUAGAACGAUAUGCAGUCAGUCGUGAUAUUCACAAUUGUCAUCGACAAGAUACUAAUGAAACCGGUUGUAUUGCUAGUGAACCUUUUUGCCGGUAUAUUGUAGAUACAGGGUGUUUUCCUGUUCCUUUAAAAGGUCUUUAUGAUCUUUCUGCACAGAAUAUUACACCACGGAGCUGGAGAUUAUGGGUUGUAGCUUUCCUUGAUAUGGGUUUUGGUCUUGUUUAUAUGAUUGGUGUAAUAUAUUAUGUACAUCAUGUAGAUGCGUACAUUUCAACAGUAAUGCGGGUACAAAUGGAGAAUAGUCUUGGUCAUCGUGUAGCACUUGUUCGUAGUUUAAAGAAUUCAUGGGCAAGUGAUACAAAAUUCCGAGAGAAAUUUCUUGUAGAGAGAGCAUAUUUUGGGUUACCAGGGAAAAAAAAGAAUGGAAAUGCUCCUGCAGAGAAUGAGGAUGGAAAUAAUUAUAAUGAUAAUGAUGAUACUAAUGAUGAUGAGAGUGAGGUAUAUCACUACUUAGAUUGUACAGGAUUGGGUUGUCUUUUUUCUAUCUUUAGUUUUAAUUAUUAUAAAACCACACGUAAAAACGCUGUAUUUACCAAAUAUGGAAAAGUUGAACAAUUACUCUUUCCACGUGACCCUCCAAGAGGAAUGUAUAAAUACAUUGGUAGGACUGAAAAAGCUAUGGAAGCCUUUCAGGAAGCGGUGGCAGAUAUGAAGAAAUAUUAUGAACAACAAGAGCAGGGAGGGAAUCAUCAUCCGAAUUCAAAUGUCUUAUUGAUGCGUGCACCAUUUCCUUCUUGUUGUAGAAAGGUAUCAAGAGUAGAUUACUGGAAAGAAGAUUUAAUUGCGAAUGCAACCAAGUUAAAUAAAUAUAUUGAGGAUAUUUCGAGUGGAGAUGUAAAAGGUUGUGCUUUUAUUGUAUUUGCUGAUGCUUUAUCAGCGUAUGAAUUUGUUAAUUUAUUUGAAGCUAGAGUUCGGGGAAGUUCCCAUACUCGAGCUAGUAUUGCUGGUCCACCAGAAGGUAUUAUUCAAAUAAAUGUUACUGCGGAUCGAUAUUCAGGGUGGGUUCGAACAUUGUUAGCUUUAGGGGUUUAUCUACUUCUUCUUGUUUUCUGGUCUGUACCUGUUGGAUUUCUUGGUUCACUUGAUAAUCUUGCCCGUAUUCCUGGAAUUGGGGGUCCUAUAUAUAAGUUUUAUUUGAGUAUUCCCAAUGGACUUCGUGGUAUUUUUACAGCAUAUGUUCCUGUUUUAUUAUUAUAUCUACUAAAUUUAUUAUUACCUAUUAUUAUUAAAUGGUUUGUUAUCUUUAUGGGAGCUGUAAAUGAGGAAGAACUUAAUGGAGGUAUUCUUUACUUACAGUACCUCUUUAUGGUACUUACAGGUGUGAUAUUUCAAGCAGCAUUACAAGGUGGGUUUUUCCAACUUGCCGAUCUCAUUUCAGAACCAUCCAGUGUGGCUACUAUUAACUUUUUUGUAGCCAUGGUGAGUCCUCAAGGUGGGUAUUGGUAUGCGAAUGUGAUUAUGGCUUCUUUUGUCACAACAUGGUUAGCCCUUAUUGACCCAGUUGCUAUAUUCCUUGUAUUUUGUCGUCGACGUCUUGUGAGUCUACAGCGUGUGUAUGAUAAUCUUUUCAAAUCACGUGGUUUUACCUGGGCCUCUCUUUAUAGUUCAGAUCUCACCAUACUAGCGAUGGGACUUCUUUUUCACAUGACGGUCCCAUUGUUAGCGGUAUUUGUUGGGAUUUAUCUUCUUCUUCGCUAUAUCACUCAACGUGGACGGUUGUUGGAUUCCCAUCGUCCCAGUGAACAUCCACGACGAUGUGGCCAUUCAGCGGGUCUGGCGGCUUGUGCACAAGUCAUGCGGGCCGCUACUUCUCUACAUGCCGUUGGUGGAGUGGGUGGUGUUCUCUUUAUGAGUUUACGUCGACAUGUUGGGGGUGUUGUGGUUUGUUCCAUUACACUGGCGGGGAGUAUUUUAUUAAUGUUGUAUGUGUUUGCAAUCUCCCGACGGUGGGUGGCGUCACUUGCGAAUGCCCGGCGUUUACUUGGACAUGAUGAAGAAAUAGUGGGAAUUGGGCAGUAUGGGGCAACGGCAAAGGAUACCGCACGAGAAGAGGGAGGAAAAGUGGGAAAAUUACCGCGAGGAUCGGGAGGGAAAAAGGCAAAAGAUGUGGUGGUGACAGAGGGAUCGACCAUGCAACAACUCUCGGAAAGACUCAUGGCAGAUAAAGAGCAUUCCCAUGAUGAUGAUAAUGAUAAUAAUAAUAAUAGUACUAAUAAUAACAAUAAUAAUAAUGACAAUGAUAAUAAAUACAGGGAGAUUAUGGAAAGUCUGAAGGUGCAGGGUGAGGAGAAGAAAAAAAGGGAGGAAUAUGAUUAUGAGGAUGAUGAUGAUUAUGAGGGGGAAGAGUAUACAGCUCGUAAUUACGCUGAUAACAAGAGUGCUGUUGAUAGUCCCACGAGCAAAAGACUACCGUGUCAGUCAGAUGCUGUUUCAAAAUACCAGCCAAAACAUCAACAGUUAGUGCAAAUUGACAUUGAUGAAGAGAUACGUUGCAUUGAAGAGGCGGUGUAUCGUGUGGACCGGUAUUGGGAUGUUCCAUUUGCAUAUCUUGAUGAUAAUGUGAACUACACUGAAGCUACACUUCCUGUUGUUUCACCUUUUGCUGGUGCUGGUGCUGCUGCUACUACUACUACUGAUGCCUCACCUCAUUUAAGAGAAGAUGAGCGAGAAGGCAGUGUAGAUAUGGAUAAAAUUGAUAUUACAGUGUCAAGAAGAGAGUAG